AAGUUUUUAAUUUGGUCAUUGACCAUGCAGAUAUAAUUUGAUCAGUGAACAGUACAGUUGGAGAAAAACAUCUUGGUUAAUGCUAAAAGGAGGAAAAUGCAUGCAUGCUGACAGGAAACGUUAACAUCUGUGUGUGUGUGUGUGCGGAGGGGUGUUGCUAUAGAGACGCAGGCAGGUAAGGGCAUUAUGAGGAAAUGCAGACGAAGCUAGUAAAGGAAGACUCAGCCAGAAAGAGGUCAUGAGUUGGCUUGGCACCUCAGUGAUAUUCAGUCUCGCUGUUCGUUUUUGAAGACUUCAUGAAUAUUACAGCAGUUUUGUGACAGGAAAAACUUGUUGCCUGCCAAGCAUUUGGCCCAUCUCUCUCAGUGUUAAUUUACAAACCUGGGAAUAAUGCCACAAGACUCUUCGGUGAGGAUUAUCUCCUGUUUGGCAACUGAAGUGACAGCCAUCAAGACUGGACCAAGUCGAGCGGAGCAGAAUCUGUUGGAACCAGAACCCUUUUAGGACUUGAAAAAGGACUAAAAACCCACUUAUUUGUAAAACCACAACACCACCGGUCAAACGCAACUGUUUGGGUUUGUGAGUUGUGCAAACCAAGAUGCCCAUCUUAAAGCAGCUGGUGGUAGGGUCUCAGACCAAGCGGCGCUCCCGUAUGGACCUCACCACUGAGAUGAUCAGCGCUCCCUUGGGUGACUUCCGGCACACCAUGCAUGUAGGGCGCAGCGGGGAAGCUUUCGGAGACACCUCUUUCCUCAGCACUCGAUCUGGAGAGCCAUCCCAAGAAGGCAACACCUUUCCCCGUUCUCCGAAACCGGGACUGCUGUCUCGUACCUUUCGGAGCAGCAAGCGCUCUCAAUCCGUUACCAGAGUAGACCAGCGAGACAAUACCCUCCUUCCUCCCAGUGAGUCUCCUACCUUUGUGAAGAAUGCCAUGUCCUUGCCCUUUCUGAACAAUGAAGAAGGACAGGAGGGAGACAAAAGGGUGCUCAAGAGCUUGACCACCAGCCCUUCCAAUGGAGCAUCUGCUGAUGCAUUGGACCUGGAGCUCCAUGAGAAACACUUCGGGGUGUUGACAGACUUGCGGCCUUCCCCAUCGUACAACGGGGGAGGAUUAAAGAAAGCUGAAUCUGUGAUGUCCUUCCAUGUUGACCUUGGGCCCUCAAUGCUGGGGGAAAUCUUGGGGGUCAUGGAAAAGGAGGAUGAUGACCAGGGGUUUGAAGAAGGCAAGAGCAGUGAGGGACGUGCAUCUCCUCUUCCAUGCAUCCAGAUAGGAGUGGAAAUGGAUGAGGAAAUGAGGGAGGUUGUUCUGAAAGAAGAAGAACCGGAGGAGUUAGCUGCUCACAGCGAAGCUCCCUUGAGGGCUCCCAGCUCUGUUGACUUGGAGAUCCAGAGUGAAGGCACCAGCACCCCAGAACCACACCACAAACACCUGCAUCACCUCGACAGCUGCUCGGUUUCCAGCUCAGGUUCAGCCGCCAUGGAAGAGAAGCCAACCAGUGAGCCUUACGAGGAAGAUAUUGGAGAUACCGACAACCCCUGCAACCCAGACAAUGAACCAGCCUUCUCCUCCUUCAUGGAAGACGAGGAUGAUGAGAUCCGAGUAUGAAACCCAACAAUCAGUAAACCUUUCUGGGAAUGGAGAGAUAAAUAUCUCAGACCAGAAUUUGACAUUGUGUAAAGAGGAGAAAUGCAAAGACGGGGUGUAGAUGUAAGCACGUCAAAGCUGGACAGAUGCCUCAGGUUUCUGUGUCCCUGUCGAGAUAAGUUGGGGAGACUGCUUUAGCUCAGACACCAAAGCCAUCUGUCACACUACUGACCUAUGCUAAGAUGAGGAGCUGGAUAUGUUCAGUCCAACAGGGAGGGACCUGCUACAAGUUCCACUGAUAUCUCUGCUGAAGGAAA